AUGUCUUUCAUUACGAAACAAACUACGUUUGAGGAUUCGUGUAACCUUCAUGCAAUGAAUGAGAAAGUUCAAAAUCUUGCGAGUAAUGUUUACAAGGAAUUUGAAAUUAUAAUUUCUAGAUAUGGAUCCGACACAGUCAAUAGCUUGAUGCCAGUUGUUAUCAAUAUCUUGGAAAAUUUAGAUCAAAGUCUGAAAGAGAAACAAAAAUUAGACAUUGAUUUUGAAUUAUCGAAAGUUGAAAUAGAACAUUUAAAAAAUCAGUGUGACAAAGAAAAAGCUUUGAGACGCACAGCAGAUUUAAAAUUUCUUGAAAUGGAAGAUUUGGUUGAAGAGACCAAAAAGCAAUUCAAUCAGUUCAAAUCUGCUUCUGAAUUCUUCAAUAAAAGAUCAGAAAUGAAAGUAAAAAAUCUUCAAGAACAUAUCAAUAGACUUGAAGAUAAAGAAAACAAAUCCAAGGAGGAUUAUUCUAAGCUAUAUGUAAAGUAUUCAGAUUUGUUUAAAAGUCAUGCAGAUUUUAUACAAAAAACAAGUAUGAAAAACUAUCAUGAAAAUAAUGAACAAAAAAAGUGUUUA